AUGUCUGACCCUACUCCACCGAAGCCGCAAAAGGCAAAAGCCACUACCCCCAGUAAAGGAGGUCGUGACCGACGGAAUGAACCUAUAGAAGUUCGCAACUCCAAAACGCUGUCGUACAUCCUCCGUCAUGGUGCGGCCAAGGAACAACUUACCCUCCGGUCGGACGGCCUUACCGUGGGUCUACCAUAUUGCCAGUUGGCACGUCCAAAACUGAAGGAGCUCGACCUGUCUGGACUUCUCAAGAUCGUAGCCUCUGAUCAAAAACAACGGUAUCAACUUGGAGUGGAGAACGAGUCCGAUGGUCCGAAGGCUCCGAUUCUACCUAUCACACCCGCACAGGCGCCAGACUCGGCAAAUUUGCUGUGGAUCAGGGCUAAUCAAGGUCAUACGCUCAAGGUUGAUGAGCUCGAGACGAAGCCCAUUACCGACUCCUCUGAGGUGCCCUGCGCGGUUCAUGGAACAAACCUUAAGGCCUGGGAGAGCAUAAAGAAGCAGGGGCUUAGUCGCAUGCGCCGAAACCACAUUCACCUUGCGAGUGGUCGGCCAGGGGCCUCUGGUGUUAUAAGCGGGAUGCGUAACUCCUCACAAAUCCUGAUAUUCGUCAAUGUGGCAGCUGCGAUGGCUGCUGGUGUCCUAUUUAGUUUGUCCGCAAAUGGAGUCAUACUAACUGCCGGGGAUAGUAAUGGCUUUCUGCCUCCGGCGUACUUUAGCUCGGUAGAGCGAAAAAACGAAGACGGAUGGGAGGAAAUCCCCUUCGAUGGGGGAAACGUCGCUGGCUCUCAAGGGCAAGGCAUGGUAUGA